CGGCGGCGGCGGUGGCGGCGGCGGCGGCUGGAGCAGGCUCAGGGUCUCCGGCGGCCGGUGGAUCCUCCAACCCGCUUCCAUAAGGCUUUAGCUUUCCAACUUCAGCUACAGUGUUGGCUAAGUUUGGAAAGGAGACAGAGAGAGACCCCGGUGGCAGCUUUGCUGUUGAUCUUUGUCCUAGUUGUCCUUUGGGGUCUUGCGGCACAAGGCUGUUGUGCUUUUAGCGGUGCUAUCUCCGGUUCCUCGCACUCCCGUGAACAAGCCCCUGGGCAAGAGCAGCUACAGCAACCAAUACCAAAACAAGCAAGGGGAGAGCGCCUGGUGCCAUGACCAAGGCAAGAGAUCAAAGCGGCCAGGAAGGAUGCUGUGGAUCCUUAGGAAACUACCUGACCUCGGCAAAAUUCCUUCUCUACCUUGGCCACGCUCUCUCCACUUGGGGGGAUCGGAUGUGGCAUUUUGCCGUGUCUGUGUUUCUGGUGGAGCUCUAUGGAAACAGCCUCCUUCUGACAGCUGUCUAUGGGCUGGUGGUGGCAGGCUCCGUUCUGGUCAUGGGCGCCAUCAUUGGUGACUGGGUCGACAAGAAUGCCAGACUGAAAGUGGCCCAGACUUCACUGGUGGUGCAGAACGUCUCCGUCAUCCUCUGCGGAAUCAUCCUCAUGAUGGUUUUCUUACACAAACAUGAGCUUCUGACGAUGUAUCACGGAUGGGUCCUCACUGCCUGCUAUAUCAUGAUCAUCACUAUCGCAAACAUCGCAAAUCUGGCCAGCACAGCUACCGCCAUUACCAUCCAAAGGGACUGGAUUGUUGUGGUGGCGGGAGAAAACAGAAGCAGACUAGCAGAUAUGAAUGCCACCAUCAGAAGGAUCGACCAGCUCACCAACAUCCUGGCCCCCAUGGCCGUGGGCCAGAUCAUGACAUUCGGUUCACCGGUCAUUGGCUGUGGUUUCAUUUCGGGCUGGAAUCUCGUGUCCAUGUGUGUGGAGUAUUUCUUGCUCUGGAAGGUGUAUCAGAAGACCCCUGCUCUGGCUGUGAAGGCCGUUCUCAAAGUAGAGGAGGCAGAAAUGAAGCAACUGAAUGCACCCAAAGAUACUGAGCCAAAAUCUCUGGAGCAGUCUCACCUAAUGGGCGAGAAAGACUCCAACAUCCGCGAACUUGAACCCGAACAAGAGCCCACAUGUGCCUCCCAGAUGGCCGAGCCCUUCCGCACCUUUCGGGAUGGUUGGGUCUCCUACUACAACCAGCCGGUGUUCCUGGCUGGCAUGGGCCUGGCUUUCCUCUAUAUGACAGUCCUGGGCUUUGACUGUAUCACUACAGGGUACGCCUACACUCAGGGACUGAGUGGUUCCGUCCUCAGUAUUUUGAUGGGAGCCUCAGCAAUAACUGGAAUAAUGGGAACCGUGGCUUUCACUUGGCUACGCCGAAAAUGUGGCCUUGUUCGGACUGGUCUGUUCUCAGGACUGGCACAGCUCUCCUGUUUGAUCUUGUGUGUGAUCUCCGUGUUCAUGCCUGGAAGCCCCUUGGAUCUAUCUGUUUCUCCAUUCGAAGAUAUACGUUCUAGGUUUAUGCAGGCAGAGCCAGUGCCCCCAACUACCAAGAUACCCGAGACCGGCUUUACGACUGAAACGCCUAUGUCCAACAUGUCUAAUAUUGUUAAUACUGUCCAUGAGAUUAGUACCAAAUCCGAGCCCAUGAUCUCCGUCAGCCUGCUCUUCGCAGGCGUCAUUGCUGCUAGAAUCGGCCUUUGGUCCUUUGAUCUAACUGUGACACAGUUACUGCAAGAAAAUGUAAUUGAAUCGGAAAGAGGCAUUAUCAACGGCGUGCAGAACUCCAUGAACUACCUUCUCGACCUCCUGCAUUUCAUCAUGGUCAUCUUGGCCCCCAAUCCCGAAGCCUUUGGCUUGCUCGUGUUGAUUUCCGUCUCCUUCGUGGCAAUGGGCCAUCUCAUGUAUUUCCGAUUUGCCCAGAAGACUCUGGGCCACCAGCUCUUUGUGUGUGGUCCCGAUGAAAAGGAAGUGACCGAUGAAAAUCAGCCCAAUACCUCUGUUGUGUAAAGUCGUUUAGCUCUGGCCCGUUACUAGAUUAGGGAGGGCGUGUGUGCUUAUUCUGUACCGCACGAUUCCAAUAAAUGCCUGCGUAUUUCUCUGACUUUUACCACCACUGUGCCUUGAGGGCUAAGAGCACUAACUAACCUAAUGCAACCAAGGUGGACUGGUUAUUUUCCCUUACAUUUAGACAUGGGGGGAAAAAAAAGGAAGAGGGAAAGAAAAGAUUAGUGUAUCUAUGGAGUAAUGGUGAAAAUGGAGUUCCUUUGCUCUUAGGAGUAUAUGAAAUUUACCAAGAGUGGCUGGCUAUCGGGUGAGUUAAGUUACUCCUUAGCAGGUAUUUCUAUUAUAUCUGCUAGAAUUCAGAUAAAUCAAUUCUCCCCAAGACUCACUCUUGGAAAAGUCUAGCCCUCUUCCUUUUUUUUUUUUUU